AUGACGACGAUAGAAAGCUUACCUGCAGAAAACAUCGCGCAAAUCUUCAAAGCAGCUUCCCAGCUGGAGUUUAGACAAGAUAAUCUUAGCCUCCCCCUCACUUUCCUUCAAUGUUCCAAGGUUUCUCGACGAUGGUAUUACAUUGCCCUACAGAACCCUGAUCUUUUCACCAACAUCGUCAUUCCGUUCACAGCUCUCCGAGAACAAAAAUAUAGCAUUUCGAAAUGGACCAAAUUUUGGCUUGAACAGUCGAAAACCUGUACAGUGACUGUUACCGUGCGCUUUGAUCUCACUACCGCUCAAGCAAGGGACCUCACGAUUUUCCGCGCACUGUUACGCGGUCAUAUUAUUCCUCACGCUUCUCGCCUUCGAGCAUUCCGCUUUGUUUGCCUUCAGAGAGGUAUUUCAGUUUCGACGCAACACUUCUUCGAUACUCCUUUUAUCUUGCCUGUCGAAGCUCCGAAUCUAGAGGAAUUAGUGAUCCGUACAGGCGGGGGUGGCAUUUUACCUCUCUUCGUCGAACCACCCGGAACCAAACCUCUCUUCAUGUCGAGCCACAAAUUGCGUAGACUGGUGAUUCAUGGUACAGCGGAGAUCAUGUUUGCAUCCUUGACUGGACUGACAGAGUUCGAUGCCAGUCUGGUUGCGAUAUCGGACACAUCGUUCCGUAAGCUGGUCCUGGGUUGCCCGAAGCUCGAGAUUCUAGCGCUUCGUGCUCUCUCUCUUGCAAAACCCACACCCGAAGGUGAUUCGGCACCCAUCUCGAUGGACUUCCUUCGGUCCCUCACACUUGAUUUUAUUGCUUCCAACGUCGUCAACAUUUUCACACACAUUCUUGCUCCCAACCUCGAAUACCUAGAAGUUUCAGCGGGCGGGCGUGCAAUCAGACUUGUCAAUGCCCUUCCUGUCGCAUCUUCACUUACGAAGCUUCGGAAACUGAAACUCGUUGGGGUGACUAGCCGUCAAUCCGCCGACACGGGAGUUGUGGACGAUUCUCAAUGGUUCAGGGACUUGCCCUCGGACUCGAUAGAAGAAAUCCAUCUUGCACAUACAUCGGGCGAACUCUUGGGCAUUGAGUUCCCGAAAGUCCCGAGUGCACGACUCUCUUGA